UCAACCCAAUAUAUUCGCCCUGCUAUAUAAGACUUCCAGGACAUUGGAGAAAUUCAUCUAUUCUUUUAUGGUGAGGAUGCAGUACCUGAAAACGACCAUGGAGUUGAAAAUACUUCCCAUUUUCUUGUUGCUGCUGCUUUCUGUUUUCUUGAUUCAGCAAGCUUCAUCUCAAGAUCUAUCAAGCUGUGCAGGGAGAUGUGGGGAAGGGUAUUCUAGAGAUGCCACCUGCAACUGUGACUAUAGUUGUCAACACUACAUGGAGUGCUGCCCUGAUUUCAAGAAAGUCUGCACCACAGAGCUUUCCUGUAAAGGCCGCUGUUUUGAGUCCUUUGCCCGAGGAAGGGAAUGUGACUGUGAUGCCCAGUGUGAGAAGUAUGGCAAGUGCUGUCCGGACUAUAGCAGUUUCUGUGCGGAAGUGCACAAUCCCACACCACCUUCAAGGGCUGCACCUCCGCCUCCAAGAGCAUCUCAAACCAUCAAAUCAACCACCAAACGUUCACCCAAAUCACCAAAAAAGAAGAAGACUAAGAAAGUUGUAGAAUCAGAGGAAAUAACAGAAGAACAUUCUGUUUCUGAAAACCAAGAGUCUUCCUCCUCUUCUUCUUCCUCUUCAACUAUUCGGAAAAUCAAGUCAUCCAAAAAUUCAGCUGCUAAUAGAGAAUUACAGAAGAACCCCAAAGAUAAGAAAAGAACUCCCCAAAAGGAACUUAAUCCAGAACCAUCAGUUGUAGAUGACACUGGAAGUGGACAGGACAGUGGUGACUCCAAGCCCACUCCAGCCCCUGUUGCUACCACCCAACCCAAUAAAGUAACCUCAUCACCCAAGAGUACAACAGUAAAACCAGUAAAUCCUAAACCCAGCCUGCCACCUAAUUCUGAUAUAGCCAAGGAGACACCUUCAUCAGCCAAUGAAGGGGAAACAGUUAAAACUACAGAGUCCACUGAAACAAAUAAACAGUCUUCCACCAGUGCAAAAAAGACUUCAACCAAAGAGACACGGAGUUUAGAGAAAACAUCUGCCAAAGAUUCUGUACCCACAUCUGAAGUUCCUGCUAAACCUACACCCAAAGCUGAAACUACAACCAAAGAACCAGUUCCUACCACCCCCGAGGAACCCACACCAACCACCACCAAGGAACCAGUGCCCACCACCCCCAAGGAACCUGCACCAACCACCACCAAGGAACCUGCACUGACCACCACCAAGGAACCAGUUCCCACCACCCCCGAGGAACCCACACCAACCACCACCAAGGAACCAGUUCCCACCACCCCCAAGGAACCUGCACUGACCACCACCAAGGAACCAGUUCCCACCACUCCCAAGGAGCCCUCACCAACCACCACCAAGGAACCAGUGCCCACCACCCGCAAGGUACCUGCACCAACCACCACCAAAGAAUCUGCACCAACCACCACCAAGAAACCAGUUCCCACCACCCCCGAGGAGCCUGCACCAACCACCACCAAGGAACCAGUUCCCACCACCCCCGAGGAACCCACACCAACCACCACCAAGGAACCAGUUCCCACCACCCCCGAGGAACCCGCACCAACCACCACCAAGGAACCAGUUCCCACCACUCCAAAGGAACCUGCACCAACCACCACCAAGGAACCUGCACCGACCACCACCAAGGAACCAGUUCCCACCACCCCCGAGGAACCCGCACCAACCACCACCAAGGAACCAGUUCCCACCACUCCAAAGGAACCUGCACCAACCACCACCAAGGAACCUGCACCGACCACCACCAAGGAACCAGUUCCCACCACCCCCGAGGAACCCGCACCAACCACCACCAAGGAACCAGUUCCCACCACUCCAAAGGAACCUGCACCAACCACCACCAAGGAACCUGCACCGACCACCACCAAGGAACCAGUUCCCACCACCCCCGAGGAACCCGCACCAACCACCACCAAGGAACCAGUUCCCACCACUCCAAAGGAACCUGCACCAACCACCACCAAGGAACCUGCACCGACCACCACCAAGGAACCAGUUCCCACCACCCCCGAGGAACCCGCACCAACCACCACCAAGGAACCAGUUCCCACCACUCCAAAGGAACCUGCACCAACCACCACCAAGGAACCUGCACCGACCACCACCAAGGAACCAGUUCCCACCACCCCCGAGGAACCCGCACCAACCACCACCAAGGAACCAGUUCCCACCACUCCAAAGGAACCUGCACCAACCACCACCAAGGAACCUGCACCGACCACCACCAAGGAACCAGUUCCCACCACCCCCGAGGAACCCGCACCAACCACCACCAAGGAACCAGUUCCCACCACUCCAAAGGAACCUGCACCAACCACCACCAAGGAACCUGCACCGACCACCACCAAGGAACCAGUUCCCACCACCCCCGAGGAACCCGCACCAACCACCACCAAGGAACCAGUUCCCACCACUCCAAAGGAACCUGCACCAACCACCACCAAGGAACCUGCACCGACCACCACCAAGGAACCAGUUCCCACCACCCCCGAGGAACCCGCACCAACCACCACCAAGGAACCAGUUCCCACCACUCCAAAGGAACCUGCACCAACCACCACCAAGGAACCUGCACCGACCACCACCAAGGAACCAGUUCCCACCACCCCCGAGGAACCCACACCAACCACCACCAAGGAACCAGUUCCCACCACUCCAAAGGAACCUGCACCAACCACCACCAAGGAACCUGCACCGACCACCACCAAGGAACCAGUUCCCACCACCCCCAAGGAGCCUGCACCAACCACCACCAAGGAACCAGUUCCCACCACUCCCAAGGAACCCGUACCGACCACCACCAAGGAACCAGCUCCCACCACUCCCAAGGAAUCUGCACCAUCCAAAGAGCCAUCCUCUAUCACAUCUAAGGAGGCAGUCCCCACUACCCCUGAGAAGCCUGCCCCAACUACUCACAGGACAUCAGCUCCAACCACCACCAUGAAGCCUCCCACUACAGCAAAAGCAUCUGUUGAAGCAACUCCUGAGUUUUCUUUAGAACCCACACCAAAAGCUCUUAACAAAAGUCCCAAGAAGCCUGCCAUAGUGACAACUGAGACUCCUGCAGUGAUCAAACCUGAAAUGACAACAGCUAAAGACGAGACAAUAGAAAAAGAAAUACAUCCUACAUCUGAAAUUACAACUGAUGCACUCAAGAUUACAACAAAAGAGACAACUGAAGAAAAGGCUGAAUCCAAAACAAGUACCACCACGCAAGUAACACCUACAACUCAAGAUACAACAUCAUUCAAAAUCACUACUUUGAAAGCAACAACUCUUGCAACCAAAGUAACUACUACAACUGAAGAAACUACAAACAAACUUGAAGAAACCGCUGGACCAAAAGACAUAUCUACUGAUUCUAAAGCAACAACUCCAAAACCCCAGAAGCCAACCAAAGCACCCAAAAAGCCUUCUACCAAAAAGCCAACUAAAGCACCCAAAAAGCCUAUUUCCACCAAAAAGCCAAGCAUACCUAAAGUGAGAAAACCAAAGACUACACCAACCCCCUCAAAGAUGACAACAAUGUCUGAAUUGAACCCUACCUCUUUGGCAAAAUUCAUGAUCCAAACUACCACUAGUCCUAACCAGGGUCCACAUUCAGAAAUCAUUGAAGGAAAUCCGAAGAAUGAAGAUGCAGUUGGCGCUGAAGAAGAAAAGCCUCACAUGAUUCCCAGGCCCCCUGUGUUAACUCCUAUCAUUACUCCAGGCAUCGAUCACUUGGUGAGACCACCCAAUCAAGGAAUUAACAUCAACUCCAUGCUUUCAGAUGAGACCAAUUUAUGCAAUGGUAAGCCAGUAGAUGGACUAACUACUUUGUACAAUGGGACAUUAGUUGCAUUUCGAGGUCAUUAUUUCUGGAUGCUAAACCCACUCAGACCACCAUCUCCAGCUCGAAGAAUUACUGAAGUCUGGGGUAUCCCUUCCCCCAUUGACACCGUUUUUACUAGAUGCAAUUGUGAAGGAAAAACUUUCUUCUUUAAGGAUUCACAGUACUGGCGUUUCACCAAUGAUAUAAAAGACCCAGGAUAUCCUAAAUUAAUUGCAAAAGGAUUUGGAGGACUAUCGGGAAAAAUAGUGGCAGCUCUUUCAGUAGCUAAAUACAAGAACAGACCUGAAUCUGUGUAUUUUUUCAAGAGAGGUGGCAAUAUUCAGCAGUAUACUUAUAAACAGGAGCCUAUCAAAAAGUGCACUGGAAGACGGCCUGCUAUAAAUUAUUCAGUGUAUGGAGAAGCUGCACAGGUUCGCAGACGUCGCUUUGAACGGGCAGUAGGACCUUCUCAAACACACACCAUCAGAAUUCACUAUUCUCCUGUCAGAGUUGCUUAUCAAGACAAAGGUUUCCUCCAUAAUGAAGUUAAAGUGAGUACAAUGUGGAGAGGAUUGCCAAACUUGGUUACCUCAGCUGUAACACUGCCCAACAUUAGAAAACCUGAUGGCUAUGAUUACUACACCUUUUCUAACGAUCAAUACUAUAACAUCGAUGUGCCUAGCAGAACUGCAAGAGCAAUUACUACUCGAUCUGGGCAGACCCUCUCUAAAGUCUGGUACAACUGUCCUUAGACCGGUGAACAACAAAGAGUCAACCAAUUAAAAUGAAGAAAAGCCAAUAAAUUUUGACACUGAAAUACAAUUUAUUAAUAAAGAGUGUUG